CAGAAGAGUUGCAGCAGGGGUGCAGUGGGGACACAGCAGGGUGCAGGAGGCUCAGCUGCGCCAGGGACGCUGCAGGGUCCUGGCAGCCCGGACGGGCAGGAGCUGGGCUCGGGGCUCAGCUGGGAGCAGGAAGGGGCCGAGGGGCAGCCCCGGGACCCUCCCCGCACCCACACUGGGUGCCCAGGCUUUGGGGCAGGGGGUCCGGCCUGCAAAGGGGCAGCAAAGGGCCCGGCACCCCGUGCGUCCUGCCCCCCUCACCCUCCUGGGCACCUCGCUCAGCCCCAGCCCUGCCGGUGGAAGGGCUGACAGCCAGUCCGGGGGCUGUUGGAGGGGCACAUAGAAGGGGGGGAACCCCUCGGCUGGCACCCCCCCAGGUGGCCGCAGCGGUUCCCACCAGCGCAGGAAGCGUUUGCCAAGAGCCUGCGGUGUCGUCACCACCUGCGGGGCCUCGGGCCGGCAUCGCCUCCGCUCUUCUGAGAAUCCACCCCCGGUUCCCCAUUUCUCUGGGGACGGGGACAGGUCCCAGCCCUACAACUGGGGGCACCGAGGGUGCCGGGGCUCUGCCCGCAGCGGGGGUCCUGGGGUUCCCCAGUGCCCCCCAGGGACCCGCAGGCAGCUGGGUCCUCUCCUGCCCGGUGCCCAGCUCCUGGCAGCGCCGCGUGCUCGAGCUGCGACCGGCAGCGUGCUUCCACGCACCCCUGCACACCGUGCCCUCCCCAAAGCCCCGGAGGCUUCCACGCUGCUCGCACCGAUGCCGAAAUUUUGGGGCCAGCAGCUGCGGAAUUGCCAUUUGGGGUACGCCUGCGCUUCCUGUGGCAGGGGCAAGUUCGCGGUGGUGAAGAAGUGCGUGGAGAAGGCGACGGGCAGAGAGUUCGCCGCCAAGUUCCUGCGGAAGCGGCGGCAGGGCGAGGACUGCCGGCCCGACAUCCUCCACGAGGUCGCGGUGCUGGAGAUGGCGGCCGCCAGCCCCCACGUCAUCGGCCUGCACGCCGUCUACGAGACGCCCCGCGAGAUCGUCCUGGUGCUCGAGUGCGCCGCCGGCGGGGAGAUCUUCCACCAGUGCGUGGCCGAGGAGGACGAAGCCUUCACCGAGAAGGACGUCGUGCGCCUGCUGCGGCAAAUCCUGAGCGGCGUGGCCUUCCUGCACCGGCACGGCGUCGUCCACCUCGACCUCAAGCCCCAGAACAUCCUGCUGACCCGCAGCAGCCCCCCGGGUGACAUCCGCAUCGUGGACUUCGGGCUCUCGCGGCGGGUGGAUGCGGUGCAGGAGGUGCGGGAGAUCCUGGGCACGCCGGAGUACGUGGCUCCAGAGGUCCUCAGCUACGAGCCCAUCAGCACGGCCACCGACAUGUGGAGCGUGGGGGUGCUGACCUACGUCAUGCUGACGGGCGAGUCGCCCUUCCUGGGGGACAGCAAGCAGGAGACGUUCCUCAACAUCGCCCAGGUGAACGUGCGGUACCCGGCCGAGCUCUUCCAGGGCAUCUCCCCGCUGGCUGUCGACUUCCUCCGCUCGCUGCUCAUCCGGGACCCCAGGGAGCGGGCGCAGGCCCAGCAGUGCCUCCAGCACCCCUGGUUGGCCCCGGGGCCGGACGCGGCCAUCGGGCUGGCAGCGUUGGAGCAGGCGGAGGAGGAUGCAGAGCCCCCGGUUGGCCCUGAAGGAGACGAGGAGCUGGUGCUGGUGGCCUCCUGCACGCUGCGCUGCCCCUGCCCACAGCCCGGGGAGGCUGAGCCAGGGGGGAAACCGGUGCUGGCCCCCCGGGAAGUGGCCCGGGAGGUGCUGAGCUGAGGGCGGCCGUGCCACCGGGCAGCAGCAGCUCGGACAUUGGGUACGGCCAGCGGGGCUUGGCUGGGAACCGGGGUCCCGGUGAGGGCAGUGCCGGUAGCCCCAAACCGGAGGAGCCCCGGGAGUGGGCCCCGGGGGGCUCAGCACCGGGGUG